CCUACUUUGCCAAAUUGGUGGGAUACGCCAGGAAAAAGUAUAAAGUUGUUCCACCAGCAAUUACAGGAACCCCUGAGUUCGAAAGAAUCUUGCGUGCACAGUUGAACUCGGUUGAAUUUCACACAGUUUUCCUGGUGGUCUUGUGGGCUGCGGGAUGGUUCUUUAAUGAAGUAAUUGCCUCGAUCCUUGGUCUUGUAUACAUCUUUAGUCGCCACAAGUACUUCCAUGGAUACGCAGAGUCGGCAAAAGCAAGGGUUCCCGCUUUCAAUCUGGGUGUUUCCAUGUUGUCGAUUCUCCUUGGAAUGAGCUUUCUUGGACUCGUCAAUUGCGUGGCUGACCACUAUUUUGAUGUUGACGUAAUGAAACAUAUCUCCAAAUUAUUUUGAACUGCCGAUUGCAUUAAGAGCCUUAGUAAGCAAUAUUUGGGUUGCAAGUCAAUAAAUAGAGAUGUUCAUUGUAUGAAGGUGUAUGGUUUACUAUAUAUAGAGGCAUGUUUCAUUGAAUAAAGGUGUGUGAGUACUG